UUGCCAAUUAAAGUCGGCUUUGGGGCGACCUCUUGCCAUGUGGUCAAGGAGGAGUCCAUCCGCAUCCACCUAUAAAUGGCAGCGGCGUACGCUUUACGGUAAUUAGUUCUUCACUCAAGGGACCAUCAUGCGCAUCUCCAUCUCCGCUUUACCUCUCCUACUCAUCCUUUGCUUGAGUCAAAGCCAAAGCCAGAGCCAGGCAGCCACCAUUCUGCAUGGACACAAUGGACACACAGCCAGGGCCAUCUCCCACCAGAGCUUCACGCGACUCUCCCCAGCAAAGCCAUCGCUAAUCCUCCAGCAGCAGGAACAGCAGCAAAAGCUGCUGGAACAGCCAGCAGUGCGCAUCGUCAGCUACCACAAGGAGGAGCAACCGCAGCAGCAGCAGCACCAGCACCAGCUAACCCCUGCCCAUCUGACGUACUCCGCCCGGCCAGUGGUGCAUCAGAUGCUGCCGCGGAUUAAGCCCGUGCGGAACAUAAGCUUCGCCUCCCUAAUCCCCGGACCACGCAGCCUCACAACGGGGGGCACAUUCGAGGAGCACCAGAACCUACGACUAUUGUCAUCGCCAGUCUAGGGACCGACGCUUCCCCUGUCAACAUUAGUUUAUUACAUUUUUACACUCAUUCGAUUUUAAGAAAAAACUCUUUGGAUUUGGUAUGAAAAAAAACGUGCAAAAACCAACCGAACAGCGAGCGCAAAAUUCAUAGUUCAUAGAUCAAUCGAUCGCCCACCCAAGCCACCCAAGAGCCAAGCAAACGAAGCAGAUUUUCGAGGAUUUUC